GAUUUUUUUGUUGUGGAACAUCCGCACUGUCGAAUUCCUAAAGUUUGAACUACUCAGACGGUUUUUGACAAAAUAGUUAAUUUUACUUAGUUACUUUCUCUUACUAUCAGCCAAGAUGAGUGAGAUGAAGAAAGUAUUCUCAGUGCCUAAUAGUAUUCAUGGCCAAUCUUCGAUCUACUUCUGCUGGCAAAAGAAACUUGGAAACUACCUGGCAACAACUAGUUUCGACAACAUUGUCAGAAUCUAUGAUCGACAUGGAGAUCUACUUCAAGACCCUAGUUUGCCCGGUAUGUGUUCUGGAUUGGGAUGGGACAAGGAUGGCGACAAUCUUGCAAUGAUAUCUGACAAGAGUGGAAUUAUAUUUUUAUGGAGUACAAAUUCAUCCAAAAUCCAACAAAUCGACAGUGGUUUUAGAGACACAUUGACCGUGCUUUCGUGGGCUAAAAAUAGUCAUCUACUCGGUAUAGGAACGCAAAAAGGGAAUCUCCUUAUUUAUAAUCCAACAACUUCUAAGAAAAUUCCAAUCCUUGGCAAGCACACGAGAAGUAUUACGUGCGGUUGCUGGUCCAGAGAAAACCUACUUGCCCUUGGAUCAGACGACAAAACAAUAACAGUAUCAAAUACUGAGGGAGAUACUAUCCAUCAAACAUCAUUACGCGCAUCUCCAACGGAUAUUCAAUUCUCCGAAAUGAAGUUAAAUGAGAGAAGCGCCACGGGUGAUAACACGAUUAGCUGCAUUGUUGGAAAAAAGUCCUUGUUGCUACUAAAUAUGGAUGAUCCAGAAAAUCCUGUUGAAUUGGCUUUUCAAGGCCGUUACGGACAGAUUGUAGAAUAUAAAUGGUAUGGUGAUGGGUAUAUCUUAAUAGGUUUUUCAAACGGCUUCAUAAUAUCAAUAUCAACCCACUCGUCAGAAAUUGGUCAAGAGUUAUUCCAAGCUAGAAAUCAUAAAGAUCAGUUAACCUGCUUAACAGUAUCCUAUGUUACCCUGAAAGCAGCAUCUGGUGGGGAUAACGUUGUCAAAGUUUAUGAGAUGACUGAUAUGAAAGAAAUCAGUGCAAUUAUAAACUUGGAGGAAAGGCCUGAUUCAAUCAAUUGGACAGAUGAUGGGCAAUUACUAGCUGUUUCAACGGUUAAAGGAAAUUUAAAUGUUUAUUUGUCUAAAUUACCCCAACUAGGAGCAGCUUAUCAAACAAGACUAGCAUAUUUAACCUCUCUCCUGGAGGUUACAGUUCAAGAUGAUGUGAAUCAAGAUGGUUCUCAGCUAUUAAAUGUUGAUAUAGAGCCAUCUUUUCUAGGCAUAGGACCAUUUCACGUUGCUGUGGGAAUGAAUAAUAGAGCUUGGUUCUAUAUAAUGGCAGAUUCAGGUCCAGAGAAAGUGAGAGAUCGCGAAUAUUUGGGAACCGUUCAAGUUUGUAAAUUAAACGCAGACUAUUGUGCAGUAAGAUUUGAAAACAGAGUCCAACUGCAUGUAAUUGAAGAAGAAGGAAAUAAUCCCGAAAGAGAGAGUCGCCUAUUCCCAGAGAAUGAAUCAGACUGCAAAGUUACUUGCCACGAUCUGACACCCGAAUUUUUAAUUUUUGCAACUAAUACUGGAGGUAUUUUCUAUUUUUAUCUGGAAGAUUGGCAAUAUGUCAACGAAUUUAAGCACAUCACUGGCAUAACCUAUUUAACAUCUGACCCUUACGGCACUCGAUUAGUUUUCAUUGACGAUAAAGCCGAUGCUUUUGUUUAUAAUCCUGUAAACGACGAACAGGUUGCCGUGCCUCAGUUCUCUGCCAAGACUACUGGCAUUCUUUGGGAUCAGUGGCAAUUAGACAAGGGAGUUUUUGUAUCCUGGGACGAAGAGUUCAUCUAUACGUAUCUCUAUAGUCGAGAUUCAAUCAAAGGCCCUGAUUGUAAACUGAUCGGAACUACCAAGUUGCCUUUUGGACAUAUUCCACUGUUAUUAGUUAAUGGUGACAUUUAUUUGCACACAACAAGUGGCAAGGUAAUCACGAGUACGCUAGAUACUCACGUUUCGGAAGAUGAAGUCCAAACGGAAGAACAGAAAAUAGAAGCUAUGAGAAAAUGUAUCCAAUUAGGCAGAUAUAAAUCAGCCAUUACCUAUGCAACAUCAUUAGAUAAGAAAGAAUUUUGGAAAGAAAUUGGAGAUCACUGUUUGACUUAUUUAGAUGUUGAAACUGCAACAAGAGCUUUUAGGCAAAUGGGAGACGUCGGUAUGGUCCUCUCACUAGAGGAUAUAAAAGGAAUUGACGAUAAGAAUCUCCUCUCCGGUUACAUAUCAAUGUAUUUAAAUGAGUUUGAUAUGGCCCAAGAGUUAUUCAUCAAUUCAGAGAAGCCAUCUGCUGCUUUAGAAAUGAGACGAGAUUUAAUGCACUGGGAUGCUGCUUUGCAGUUAGCAAAAGCUCUAGCUCCUGAUCAGAUCCCUUAUAUAUCGAAAGAGUACGCACAGCAAUUAGAGUUCACAGGAGAUUACAUGAACGCCCUCUCCCAUUAUGAAAAAGGAAUAAUUAAAGAUAGUUCUUUAAGAGAACAUAAUGAGCAAUGCGCUGCUGGUAUUGCAAGAAUGUCCAUAAGAAUGGGCGACAUAAGAAGGGGAGUAGGUAUGGCGGCUAAAAUGCCGAGUCGGGUUUUGAAAAAAGAUUGUGCUGCUAUAUUAGAAAGUAUGAAGCAAUGGAGCGAAGCAGCAGUUUUGUACGAAAAGGGUGGAUUUUUUGAUAAAGCCGCUUCUGUUUACAUAAGAUCGAAAAAUUGGACCAAAGUAGGUGAAUUAUUACCGAAUGUCACUUCCCCUAAAAUACAUGGCCAAUACGCAAGAGCUAAGGAGGCAGAGGGACGUUACAAAGAGGCGGUUCAGGCUUAUACGACAGCCAAAGAAUGGGAUGACGUUAUUAGAUUACAAUUGGACCAUUUACAUAACCCGGAAGAAGCCGUCAGAAUUGUACGCCAUAGUCAAUCAACAGAUGGAGCAAAAAUGGUUGCUAAUUUCUUCCAGAAGUUAAACGACUACGGAUCGGCUAUCCAAUUUUUGGUUAUAUCCAGACAUAACGAUGAAGCAUUCCAACUUGCUCAAGCUCAUGACAAAAUGGAAGUUUAUGCAGAUAUCAUAGGUGAAGAUGCAACUCCUCAAGACUACCAGUCUAUUGCCUUAUUUUUUGAGAAUAGAAAGAAUCACUUCCUGGCAGGGAAAUUCUUUCUCUAUGCUGGACAGUACCAGAGGGCUUUGAAGCAUCUUUUGUCGUGUAACGAAACUAAAGACGGUGCACCAAUAAAUCUAGCUAUCGACGUAAUAGGAAGAGCUCAAGAUGAACAACUAACAAGACAAUUAAUCGACUUCUUAAUGGGAGAUUUAGACGGCGAGCCGAAGGAUGCAAAAUAUUUAUUCAGAUUGUAUAUGGCCUUGAAUCAAUUUGAAGAGGCAGCCAGAACUGCUAUAAUAAUCGCUAGAGAAGAACAAAUUGGCGGUAAUUAUAAAAACGCUCACGAUGUCCUAUUUAGUAUGUAUCAAGAAUUAAAGAAAAACAAAAUCAAAAUACCCGCAGAGAUGGCCAAUAAUCUCAUGAUAUUACAUAGUUACAUUCUUGUCAGGAUUCACGUGAAAAAGGGAGACCAUUUGAAAGGAGCUCGCCUACUUAUUCGUGUGGCCAAUAAUAUAAGCAAAUUUCCUUCUCACGUUGUGCCUAUCUUAACAUCUACUGUAAUAGAGUGUCAAAGAAGCGGGCUAAAGAAUUCAGCUUUUAGCUAUGCCGCUAUGCUUUACAGACCCGAAUAUCGAGAUAAGAUUGAUGUAAAAUAUAAGAAGAAGAUUGAAGGGAUUGUUAGAAAAUCUGAUAAGACAGAAGAAGACGAAACUACUUCAUCGUGUCCAUUUUGCGAAUUUCAAUUGCCAGACAUGGAGUUGAUGUGUCCAGAAUGUAAGAAUACAAUUCCCUAUUGUAUAAUUUCAGGAAAACACUUGAUUAAAUCGGAUUUAUGCGCCUGUCCUGUAUGUGAUUUUCCUGCAAUAGAAACCGAGUUUAGGAGUAUCCUAGAGAUGGAAGAUCGUUGUCCAAUGUGCUCGGAGCCGGUUCUUGCUGAGAACUUGCGAAAAGUUACGGAGCACGAUAAAUAUUUGAAUAGAAACCUAGACUCUUAAAACAAAAAUAGAACAAUAUUCGUUCAUUCAUAUCGUUUUUAAUCGUUUCCGUCCGAUUAAAAUAAAAUUAUGUAAUCAAUGUCACAGUAAAUGGUAUAUUAAUAAAAUUAUAUUACAACAUAAGGUUACAAUAUCUAUUGGACUAAUGGAAAUGGUCAAUCAGUGAGCUAAUGCUUCAAUAUCUUUCAUUUUAUUUAUCUUAAAUCUGAAAUUGAUUAGGCCUUUGAUCCUUUAGUAUACGUUACCGUUCUGCUUGGGGUAGUUUGGAG